AUGUUUCAAGAGUAUCAAACAGAUACAGUGGAGGAUUUGUACAAUGAAAUUGAACAUCUUAUUGAUGUUCCCUUUGAAAAGUUCUCAAAAGAUGUACAGCAAUACCAGAUAGCGGAUGAUACGCCAGCAGGGUUAGAGGAUCUCAAUCAGCAUUACCAGCCAUUACAGCAACAUACACAGCACCAGGAACACCAAAGGCAGACUCAGAGCUCCUCAACCGACGCCAGCUUUGACAGGCCUAUUCUCAUUGAAAGUGAUAGUGAUGAAGUAGAAGAAGAGUUGCUCACACCCGACCAACAAUUUACAUACAUCACCUGCUACAAAUGCAAUAAAGUUUUGCCAUUCGAGCCCAACAAUGCGCUUGCAGUAAACAAUGUUAAUGUGUGCUUGGAUUGUUCCACCAAAAAGAGAGGUCGAUCAAGAUCCUUCAUCUCAGAAGUAGCGGAUAAACUUAAGAACCUAGGUAGCAGCAGCAACAGUGUCAGCUUACUCUCACCCUCCACUGCCAACAACAGCAAGAUGGAUCGCAGAAAGAGCAUGCCGUCCAUGAACGAUGCUUACACCUCCUCUUCAUUAGCACCCAGUCCUACACCGUCAAGGCCCAGCAGUCGAGCCUCCUCUUUUAUUGAAGAUGUCAAACAAUUCCUUGCACCUUUAUCUCGAAAAUCCAGCAGAAAUUCCAUGUUUCGAGAUUAUCAACAAAGCGACAAUGCAUCGCAUCAUCAUCAGGGUCCAAGUCGAAAGGCCAGUCAUAAUUCGCUGCUGGAUGCCAUCAACAUCUGUAAACCCAAGCAAAGGAGCCACACCAGUCCUUCCUAUGAAAGACGUAUCAUUGAUGAGAGCAGCUGGACUCAAGAAGAUAACGAGGUCAUGAACAUCUUUCAGCAGCAACAGCAACAUGCGCCAUUCCAGAACACACAGGACUUGGAUGUUGUACAGCAUAUUCCUGUUCGUAGAAAGCAGAUCAAGCAGAUCGAGUCUCGUCAAGACAGAAUUGAUAUCUACAAUAGUGCAUAUCUUGAUUGCAUGCAGGCUCCAACUGACCUGGUUCCAUGGAUCAUCAAACAAACACAAAAGGGGCCACCCGAUGAUUGGUUUGGUUACACGCCACCAGCGACCAGAGAGCCCAAGAAGGUGAUGGGUCUAUUCAAAAGAAAGGCAAAAUCAAGAGGCGAUCUUCGUGCACAGCAGUUGCAGCUGGGCGAUGAGCUGCUACAUCGGUCCACACCGCUGUUGCAACAUAGAUACAGCAGCAGCAAUCUAUCCGUGUCUCCCAGUGCGAAUUCAAUGUACAUGGACAAUGCUGAAAUGGCGCAUUCUCCCUCUGAGAUAACGCCACAAGACUAUGAUGAUCAUGGCCAGGAAUACUUUGAUGGCUCUCAUGAGCACCCUACUGCUGCUGCAUCGAUAUCGCCUAGCCAAAAUGCAUUAUCACCCAUGGAAGAUCCGCUUACACCCCCUACACAUCGAUCUCAGUCUGCUCAGCCUGUCUCCAUUUUGAAAAAGUCAAAUUCAAACCGUCAGUUACAGCAACCCGAUUACGCUUAUGAUCCGUAUUAUCAGGACACGGUCCCCUAUGAUGAUAUCGAGGAUGACGACUAUCACAAUUACAAUCAAGGCGCCAUGUAUAACAAUGACUAUGAUUAUGAGUACGGAUAUGAGCAGCCCUCCAGACACUAUGCCGCAGCUCCAGUGCAUGCACCUAUCCGACAAAGAAGCUCAUCCUCCUUGGUGGCUGAUAGAAACAGACACAACAAUAGUAGACAGCAGAUGAUGAACGAGCAAGAUUACCAUAUCUCUAUGGAUCCUCCUCGAAGAAGAACAAGAAGAAGCAGUAGGAGCAGAUCUCGCGAUGAGGAUUACUACUACAAUGAUGCGCCCGUGCCUGUUUACUAUGAUGAUCCAUCUUCGUCGUAUUUUGAUACUGCACCACCGGCACACCCAGCAUCAACAAGACGAGCAAGAGACCGUUAUCAGCCUCCAUCGCAUUCUGCUGCUGCUAUGAGGUCCAGUAGUAACAGUAGCAGUAGACGGUCUUCACUGGCAGCUAACAGUAAUAACAAGAAGCCGCAAGAUUAUUAUGGCUUAUCUGCUAAACUAACACCCUUCAUGAUGGAGGAAUGGGAAAUUACUCUGGAUGAAUUGUGCGAUCUCUUCCCUAGGCUGGACAGACACUAUAUCAAUGACUUUUUGAGAUCUGCUCAGGGAGACUUCAUCACAGCCAAAAAUAUGAUCAUGGAGAUGAUCAUGGAGAUAAGAUGA